AUGGGCGUCUGGCAGCAUUUGCAAGAGAGGCCGAAAAGGGACCGACGGCUUUCGAGCUGGGAGCGUUUCUGCCCACCGUGGCAAGCAACCCCUCGUUCAGAGCUCUGGUGCCAUCAAGCUGGAUGGGCUUCACAAGGGGAGGAAGAAAACGCCAAGGACUCCGAGAGGUGGAGAGAACAUUGGGAGGAAAAGCAUCAGAGGAGGCGGCGGAUCAAGCCACGCUCAGUCAGUAAGGAGAAGUGGGUGGAGACCCUGGUUGUGGCUGACACCAAGAUGGUGGAGUACCACGGCAGCGAGCAUGUUGAGAAGUAUGUCCUGACAGUCAUGAACAUGGUGGCUGGUUUAUUCCAUGAUGCCAGCAUUGGGAACCCGAUCCACAUUUCUAUUGUGCGUCUUAUCUUUCUGGAAGAUGAGGAGGAGGACCUGAAAAUCAGCCACCAUGCCGACAAUACCUUGAGGAGUUUUUGCAAGUGGCAGAAAGCCCUCAACCCCAAGGGGGAUGCUCACCCCUUGCACCACGACGUCGCCAUCUUGCUCACCAGGAAAGAUCUCUGCACUGCCAUGAACCAUCCGUGUGAGACGCUGGGCCUGGCCCACGUCUCUGGCAUGUGCCAACCACACCGGAGCUGCAACGUGAAUGAGGACACGGGUCUUCCACUGGCCUUCACCGUGGCCCAUGAACUGGGACACAGUUUUGGGAUUCAGCACGACGGCAGCGGCAAUGACUGUGAGCCAGUUGGGAAAAGGCCUUUCAUCAUGUCUCCGCAGCUCCUGUACGACACUUCGCCCCUCACCUGGUCUGUCUGCAGCCGGGAAUACAUCACACGCUUCCUUGACCGGGGCUGGGGGCUUUGCUUGGAUGAUCCCCCAGCCAAGGAUGUGAUCAACUUCCCCUCGGUUCCACCGGGAGUCCUCUAUGACGUCAGCCACCAGUGCCGACUCCAGUAUGGCGCCUACUCCACCUACUGCGAUGACAUGGAUAGUGUCUGCAACACCCUCUGGUGCUCUGUGGGCAACACCUGUCACUCCAAGCUGGACGCAGCUGUCGAUGGCACCAAGUGUGAGGAGAACAAGUGGUGCUUCAACGGAGAGUGCGUGAGCAUCGGGUACCGCCCAGAGCCUGUCCAUGGAGGGUGGGCGGCCUGGAGCCCCUGGACCGGCUGCUCCCGGACUUGUGGGGCUGGAAUGCAGAACGCAGAGCGGCCGUGCAACAAUCCUGCCCCCAAGUAUGGCGGAAAAUACUGCCUGGGAGAACGGAAACGCUUCAGGGUCUGCAAUGCACAGCCGUGUCCGGCCGACAAGCCCUCUUUUCGGCAGAUCCAGUGCAGCCGUUUUGACCACCGGCCCUACAAAGGGAAGCUUUACAAGUGGAGCCCAGUCCCCAAUACCAGCAACCCUUGCGAACUGCAUUGUCGACCCAACAACGAGUACUUUGCUGAAAAGCUUCAUGACGCUGCCAUUGAUGGAACCCCCUGCUACGAAGGGAAUGGCAGGCGGGACAGGUGCAUUAACGGGAUCUGUAAGAACGUUGGUUGCGACUAUGAGAUCGACUCCUACGCUGUGGAGGACCGGUGUGGUGUGUGCCACGGGGAUGGAUCCACCUGUCGGACAGUGAGGAAGACCUUUGAGGAGAGCGAGGGGCUGGGUUACGUCGAUGUUGGCCUGAUCCCGGCCGGAGCACGUGAGAUCCAGAUCGAGGAGGUGGCCGAAGCAGAGAACUUCCUGGCUUUGAGAAGUGAAGACCCCAAGAAAUACUUUCUGAACGGGGGCUGGACCAUCCAGUGGAAUGGGGACUACAAGGUGGCUGGGACCACCUUCACCUACAAGAGAAUGGGGAAUUGGGAAAACCUGACCUCUCCUGGGCCCACAGAAGAACCGGUUUGGAUUCAGCUCCUGUUUCAAGAGAAGAACCCGGGUGUCCGCUAUCAGUACACCAUCCAGCAGGAGACCAAGAAUCAGAGUUUGGUUGCUCCCCCUGAGUUCUUCUGGCACUAUGGACCCUGGACAAAAUGCACAGCUACCUGUGGGACAGGGGUCCAGAGACAGAUGGUGCGUUGCCUUGAGAAAGCCGCUGGCUUUGUGGAGGAGCAGCACUGCGAUGCUCUCAGCCGGCCUGAUGACAAGCGAAGGAAUUGCAACAAGGACCCCUGUCCAGCCAGGUGGUGGGCUGGUGAGUGGCAGGCAUGUUCGGCCACCUGUGGUGACUCUGGACUGACGAAAAGGACUGUCCUCUGUAUUCAGAGUGUGGCCUUGGAUGAACAGCAGGCUCUUCCACCUGACAAGUGCCAACUUCUCACCAAGCCAGAGGCCACAGCUGCUUGCAACCGCGAAGUCCUCUGCUUGGCACCGUGGGCCACAGGCAACUGGUCAAAGUGCUCCAGGACCUGCGGAGGAGGUGUGAAAAUUCGGGGCAUCCACUGCAUUGACACGCGGGGCCAGCGGCCUCUGCGACCCUUUCAUUGCCAGGCUGCUUCCAACAAGCCUCCCACACAGUUGCCGUGCCACACCAAGCCUUGUCUGAGCUGGUACACCUCCACCUGGAGAGAGUGCUCUGAGCUGUGUGGAGGAGGCGAGCAAGAGCGCCUGGUGACGUGUCCCGGAACGGGGAGGUGUGACCCAGCCCUCCGGCCAAACAGCACAAGACCCUGCAACACCCAGCCCUGCACCAAGUGGAGAGUGGGAUCUUGGGGGCAGUGCACGGCCACGUGUGGCGAGGGCAUCCAGAGGAGGCAGGUGAAGUGCCUGAACACCAACACCGGACAGGCAGAAGAAGACAGUAGCUUGUGUGAGCACGAACCCUGGCCGGAGAAGACCCAGAGGUGCAAUGCCCAGGACUGUUCUGCCAGCGAAGCAAGCUUCAUCUGUGAGCGUGACCGCGUCUCCUUUGGCUUCUGCCAGACCCUGCUGUGGCUGGGAAGAUGCCACCUCCCCGCAGUCCGUGUCCAGUGCUGCCAGACCUGCCACCCACACGGCCUGCUCCAUCGGGACCGGGGUGACGAGCGCUCCUCCCGGAAGUGAACGCCUCUGUGUGCCCAGGAACCUGGCGGGCGAGAGCUGCACCCACUUCAGCCGGCCAGCUCUUCCGCCCUCCCGGAAACCAACCCAUGUUUUCUGCCUGGCAUGGCGCUCCGUCCUGUGGCUGAGCUGUGCUCCAGGCAGCCGAAGAGAAGCCUUGCGGCCUCAGCCCAGGAAGGAGCCGGCGGGGGCCAAUGCAACCUGGCCUCAGGAAAGCGGCUUCCGGAAGCCACCUCAGAAAUCUCUCUGGUCUACAGUUGGUCAUAGUCACUCAGUGUUGGCAGGCCAGCACAAAACUCCUGAGGAGUGAUUUAAAAUAAAUAAUAAAGCCAACUAUUUUUAUAUUUUAUGGAAAUGGGCCUGUGGCAUUCCACAGAGUGUAAUUUGAUCAGUUGGUUGUGUUAUAACUACAAAGAUUUUUCUUGCUAUAGGUGUGAGGAGCUUCAGACAGUGAAGUUAAAUGUCCUGGUGCUGACUGUGCACGCUUGCACACACACACACACACACACACACACACACAUGUGGUGCUACUGCUCUUGAGACGGUCAGGUGCUUCUACUCCGCCCAGCUUUGGGUGGGUUAAUAGCUCCUCCAGCAGGGCUGGCAGUCCUGUGCCAACCUGUUCUGCCAUCUGGUGCCACCUGAGACUUGCAAGCCAAAAGGAUGCCUGUAGCUGGUGCAGGACAGAGGCCAACCUGCCUAAGAUUGCCCAGGUAAGGGACUCAAUGGAAACAUGUCUGACUAUACAACUGUUCUGCCUCCUUUCACUGCCCAACCAGGUCUUCUAGAAGCUUCAUUCCCUUUCUUUGUGAACGAAGAACGCUUGAUAUCGGAUCUACAUUUUCUCCAUUUCUAACUUACGUUGUUAGUCACACUGGCAAAAAUACGUCUGACUCAAGAUUGUGUGUUUGCUUUCUUACUUGCCCCUUGAAAUUGGAGAAAUGGUGCAGAAGUCCCCUGAAAGGUCUACCCAUCUAAACUUUGUGUAAUCUUCAGACAACAUAAAAGAUCACCCUGUUUUAACGGAAGGAUGGCAUGGCUUGGCUUAUUUGUCUGCCUGGUGAGAGGGUUGUGCUUUGGGUCCAUCUUGACUCCCGGUGGCUCCGUGGACAGGGCCGUGCAGUGUUGGUAGCAGGCUGUGGAAGCAACUUGCCCUUGUUUCUUCUGAGGUGUGUUUUGACCCCCUAUCUAGGCUAAGAGAGAGGGACUGGCCUGUAAUCACCCUGCUGCCUUUGGGGCCCCAGACAGGGCUAGAACCCAUGGCCUCCAGGCCUUCACCAUGAGACCAAACGGGAGCUCAGCCGUUCUGUGGACUUAGCCAAGGUUUAAGACCGCUUUGUCCACUUCAGAAUACCAAAUGUCAUCCUCAUUCCAAGAUGAAGUUUCCCAAUCAACCUAUCGGAAAAACUGAACAUUGUUUGGGAGAAAAGUAUUGUAAUACCUUUCUAAAAUUGUAAUGGCUAUAGCUCUCAAGUGUGUUAAACUGCAAUACUAAAGUUACAUCUAAUUCU